AUAUUAGUUAGUGUAUGAGACCACGGUUCGGGCCGAGUGACGUGUUUUCUAUUAGAAAUAAAUAGAAAUAAAAAGUAGUUUUCGAAUAUGGAGGUAGUUAAUGAACUGUGCGAUUUACUGCAGACUCACGCUAAUCGAGAUAAGGUAGUGGCUUUAGCAAGUUACACGCUAAAAUUAUGGGGCUCGACCUCAAAUCGAAAAAAUCUUUUGAACGCGAGCGCUCGACUCACAAGCGCUCGAGCAACCUUACGGAUUUUUGAUGACGCCGCCGUUCUCAAAGCAGCUCUUAGUUAUGGAUUGGGCACGCAAGACGGUCCAUGUUGGGGCACUCUAGGGGUUGCAAGUAAUAUUUUCACACUUUCAUAUCUGCAAGCUGAAAAACUUAUUUUUCUCAUGGACACUGGAAUUCUCUCUUUAAAUGCAAAUUUGGAUUACCAAAUUAGAACCGCUCAUAAAACAUUUUGGACUCUGUUUACAGUUAUAGGAUUUGUAAGAUCAAUACGAGCGUUGCAUAUUACGGCCCAAAAUUUGAGGGAUCAUGACCGUCCAAAAUGUGCACCGGCCCGCUUCGUGCAGGCGUCGCUCGUGACCACCAAAUACUUGCUGGACAUCAUCCACGUGGUGAACUGGCUUCCACCAGGCUACCUGUGGGGCGGAGUGCUAGAGAAUAAGCAUACAGCGGGUGUCGCCACACUGUCGGGAGUACUCGGUUUGCUGAUACACUAUCGCGGCAAACGGUUAAUGCAACGGAAUUCUUAGUACAGCUCAUGUUAUUCGAGAUCGAAAUAGUACACUGGCAGUAAUUUCCGUGUCUGUGAUAUCUUUCCUAAUUGACUAUAGAUUUCACUAUAGUAUUAUAGGGUUAUCAAUACGUUUGUUUGCGCUCAAUAAAAUCCUUUAUCUAGCAACGUUAUGCUGGCAACACUAGUUCAUGAUUAUCAGUAUUGUUAUUCAAUGUAAGACUCAAGACAUAAUCCGACGAUUGCGGGAACUUAUCUUGAUUUUAAAUAUUAGAAUUAUCUGCUUUUAAAGUAUUUACUAUUAUUUAACACAUCAACAUGAACGAUGUUCACUGUACAGAUAUUUAUCUAGUCAUGUUGUUUAGUAGGUGGAAUACAAUAAAAUAAUGCACAUA